AUGUUACCACUUCCCAACGAUUGUGUUAGAGAAAUCAUAAACUACAUAAAAGACGACUUUUCUUCUCUUCAUUCUUGUCUUACGGUAAAUAAACAAUUCGGUGAAACUGCUGCUGAGAUUUUUUGGAAAAAUCUCUGGACAUCGCGAAGCCAUGUUGGCUUUCAUGAAGGUGCUUUUGACUUUUGGACUGCUGCUCUUCGAACAUUAAAAUCUUGUUUGCCAAAUGAUUCCAAAGAUUUGUUGAAUCAUAAUGGUGUUACAAUACCUCAUCCAAAUCAAAGCAAUCAGUUAUAUUAUGACUAUCCUAGCUAUUGCAAAACGAUAGAUUGUUUGGCAAUUUCUAAUAUGAUAGAGCAAGUGAUUAGUGUGACUCACGAAAACGAUCGUCCUAGAAGAUUAGCAUACAUUCAACAUCUUUUGCAAGAAGAAAUAUGCAAAUUAUUUAUAAAUCGAAAUCACUCCAUACCAACUCUUAAGCUUGAUGUAUUACCCAUAGCUUAUUUGCCAGGCGCUGAUAGAUGUUUUGAGAACCUUUCUGAACUACAUUGCCACACAGCAACACCAGAUCUCCUAUUCUAUGCUUUGGCUCGGAUUUGUAAAAAUAUUCAAAAUAUUAUCAUCGACUUUUAUGAUGAGGAUAAUCUUGGUCUGUCAGGUUUGAUUGACGUACAACAAAACCUAAAACGUUUAGAGUGUAGAAUCGAUGAGUUAGCCGAAUAUCAACGAUUUCCUGCAAUAAUGGAUGUGAUAAAAUCAAACACAAGCUCAUUCGUUCAUCUCGAACUUUUACAUUUUACAUGUAUUCCACCUUCGAUAAUCUCAUCAAUGCAAAAUUUACAAACACUUAAGAUCUUGUUGGCCAAAAUGCCACAUGAUGACGUUUGGGAGGAACUCGCUGCAAUACGUUUGCCAAAAUUGGAGACCCUUCAUAUUUCUCUGGAUUCACUACGAAUAGAAUCUUUAAAUCCUUUAAUCGCAAAUAAUAACGGUAACCUCACCGAAUUAAUAAUUGAUUUUAGUCCAAGAAAUAAUCAAUCAAUAUUCUUUAAUGAAACGGUCGCCCAAUUUUGCCCAAACUUAAAAGUCUUUGCUACAUGGUUUCUAAAUAGUGAAUUUGAUGUACUUGAAGAGAUAUUAACCAAAUGUCAAUAUUUAGAAGACUUGUUCCUUCAAGCUUUUAAUGAAAAUGGUUAUAGAUUAUUCAAAUUAUUAGGGAAAGUUACCCCAAAACAUUUUUGGACAUUAGGAUUAUUAGGAAAUUGGUGUGAUCCAUCAGAUUCUCUAGAGUCUUGUUUUGAAUGCUGGGAAAUGAAAAAGAACCAUGUCUCUUUGAUUUUCUCUAUGAAUGUAUGUAUUGAUUCCAAGCACAUGGAUCUUAUUCUUAAAUAUCGUGAAAAAGGGGUGGUUAGACGGUAUAAAACUGUGAAAAAUCCCGUAAAGCAUGAAUUCAAUUAUUCAUAA